UUGGCCGCAGCUUCAAGGCACAGAACAUCCAUCCACGGUGAUUCUUGGUCAUCCGGCGCCGUCAAGAUGAUGCUUGCGGCCGUAUUCACGCUUUCACUCGGGCUUUCCACCGCCAACGCCGCCCUCACCUACAAAGGUGCGGACUGGUCCUCGGUGCUGGUUGAAGAACGCGCUGGCAUCUCGUACAAGGACGCGAACGGCAACACGCAGCCGUUGGAGAAGAUUCUGGCAGCGAACGGCGUCAACACCGUCCGGCAGCGAGUAUGGGUUAACCCCGCAGACGGCAACUACAACCUCGACUACAACAUCGCACUCGCGAAGAGGGCCAAGGCCGCCGGGCUCGGCGUGUACAUCGAUUUUCACUACAGCGACACUUGGGCCGAUCCCGGCCACCAGACUACCCCGUCAGGAUGGCCCUCUGACAUCGACAACCUCGCCUGGAAGUUGUACAACUACACGCUCGACUCGGCGAACGCGUUCCAAGAUGCCGGCGUUCAGCCAGCCAUAGUGUCGAUAGGAAACGAGAUCACCAACGGGUUGCUGUGGCCCACCGGCAAAGCCAGCAACUGGGGAAACAUUGCUCGUCUUUUGCACUCAGCUGCAUGGGGCAUCAAGGAUUCGAGACUGAAUCCGAAACCCAAGAUCAUGAUCCAUCUCGACAAUGGAUGGAACUGGGCAACCCAGAACUCCUGGUACACCAACGUCCUGAAGCAAGGCACCCUGCUGCAGUCCGAUUUCGACAUGAUGGGCGUGUCGUUCUACCCCUUCUACUCGUCCUCGGCGACACUGGCCUCGCUCAAGUCGAGCCUGAGCAACAUGGCAAGCAGUUGGGGCAAGGAACUCGUAGUGGCGGAGACCGACUGGCCGACGUCGUGUCCCAAUCCCAGAUACAGCUUCCCUUCCGACGUCAAGAACAUUCCCUUCUCGGCAGCGGGACAGGUCACCUUCAUCACGGACGUGGCGAAUGUGGUGGCUUCGGUGAGCGGCGGCGUCGGCUUGUUUUACUGGGAGCCGGCCUGGAUUCAGAACGCGAACUUGGGUUCCUCGUGUGCCGACAACACCAUGUUCUCGCAGUCGGGGCAAGCCCUCUCAAGCUUGUCCGUCUUCAAGCAGAUCUAGCAAGUUUGCCGAGGGGUGAUGCGGCGGAGGAAUGUCAAGUCGGUAGAGGAGAGAAGAGAGAGAAACUGCAAAUGGACAGAGCAGAAUGUAUGCGAGACGAUAGGUUUCCCAUGCUACAAUCACUUACUCACUCACUCACACCCACGCCCACGUGCUGUGAAUGCACAGGGUCAAGAGCUCAAGGUGAAUGAAUGAAUGGAUUGAG